AGUAGCGCACACAUGAGAGAGGAGGAGGAAUAUAACAGACCAGACGAGUGGAAAAAGAAAAGAAAGUUUUGGAAACUGUCCUGCCGUGCGGAUUAACAUAAACACAGAGCAGAAACCAACGUGAAAGAUGAGACAAAAACUGAAUAGAAACGUUUGAAAGAGAGAGAGAGAGAGAGAGAUAACAUUUGAAAAGAUUUCUUUCACAGAGAAAAAAAGACAGAAGAGACGAGGGGCCCACUGUAUUACUUUAGAAACUGAAAACUAGUGAAGAGUGAACUAAAACAAAGGAGAUUUUGAAGGAACUGAAGCCGUGAGCGCACGAGGUGACCGUCACCAUUUACAGGAAUACAGGUUAACGCUGGCAUAUUCACUUUUGUGGCACUACAGAGAUUACACAAUCAUUCUGAGACGACAACAUGGAGCCAACACAGACGUGUCUUCUUUUGGGUCUCCUGCUGCUCUUUUGUGGAUCUUAUGGAUGUGAAGUUGGAUUCAAGUUAAGUCAUGGGAUUUGUGUCGAUGCCAACGAGUGUGAGGCGACACCAAAUAUCUGUGGCAAUAAUGCCAAGUGUAUGAACACAAUAGGAAGUUAUUAUUGCACCUGUGAAAGCGGCUUCCUAUCAAGAACUUCCAAUUUCACCGCGAUAUCGGGACAGUGUAUGGAUGUGAAUGAGUGUCUUGAGAAUCUAGUGCCAUGUCCAGGUACACUGAUGUGUCAUAACACCAUCGGCUCUUUCAAGUGUUUGUGUCCAGAUGGAUUUCGCAAGAAAACAGACAAGGAAACAGAAUGUGAAGAUGUGGAUGAGUGUUUGUGGACCAUUUGUGGCGUUGAAAGCAGUUGCAUUAACACUCAUGGUAGUUUCAUCUGCGCUUGUCCUUCGGGCUUUCAAACUCAGAAAUCCAGCGGUGCCUGUGAAGACAUUGAUGAGUGUGAAGUCACUCCAGAUCGGUGCGGCACAAAUGCUACAUGCAACAACAAUAAGGGUAGCUACAGCUGCAGAUGCCACCCUGGUUACAGUAACUAUGGCAACAACCAGUCAAAAUGUUUAGAGAUUAAAUGUGAGCAGUUUAGCGGAGAGUCGGAUCUGGACGCCACACCUAUGAAGUUGAGGAGUUUGCUGUCCCUGUAAGACGCUUGUAAGACACUGACUGAUCCAGAUGGAGAUCAUCACUUAGGCGAGGUGUUACUGGAGAAUCUGUUCACCUCCGUCGAUGAGCUGCUGUUGGACGGCGACAUUGCUGAAGGCGGAGCGCUGAGUCGCUUUUUAGACGUGGUGGAGAACAGCAUGCGUUUGAUAGGACCUCAACUCAAACAGCCGCUUACCCGGAUGGAGACGCACCGCACCCACGCAGAGGUUGCUGUAAGGCGUGGUCAGUCUCCUCCUAAUGGAGGUGUCAGUCUGAGCACAGACUCCGCCCUCUUCAACACAAGCUGGGAAACAGUCGUAGGGGAAUCGUACCCAGGUUUUGCGUUCGUGGCGCUGGUCAGUUAUAAAGAUCUGAAUUCAUCUGGCGAUUCUUUCAACAAGAUAAGCAGAACGUUAAAGGAGGAGAACGGAGAGAGAAACAUCACUUAUCGACUCAACACAAAUGUAGUGACAGCUGUAGUCAGUAAUCCAGAAACGACGCACCUGUCUGAGCCCGUAACUCUCAUCUUUAAACACGUGCAGAAGAGGGCGGAGUCUGAGGACAUGAAUCACACUUGUGUGUACUGGGAUGACACAGAGGGGGCGUGGUCUGGGCGGGGCUGUGAGAAGGCGUGGUCAAACAGCACUCACACAUCAUGUUCCUGCACGCACCUGAGCAGCUUUGCCGUACUCAUGGCUCUCUACCCAGUGAAGGACACGUUCGGGUUGGUGAUGAUCACUCGCGUGGGAUUGAUUCUGUCUUUGGUCUGUUUGCUUCUGUGCAUUCUGACCUUCCGCUUCUGCCGCUCCAUACAAGGAACACGCAACAGCAUCCACCUCCAUCUGAGCGUGUGUCUCUUCAUCGCCGACCUUGUGUUCCUCUGCGGCAUCUCCAGCACUCACAACAGGGUAGCUUGUUCUGUCGUCGCCGGGUUGCUGCAUUUCUUCUUCUUGGCGGCGUUCUGCUGGAUGCUGCUGGAGGGAGUGCAGCUGUACCGAAUGGUUGUCCUUGUGUUUCACACCACCAUAAAGCAUCUUUACAUGUACUUGCUGGGAUAUGGAGUCCCUUUGCUCAUCGUCAUUAUCUCAGCUGCCGCUUACCCCCAGGGAUACGGCACAGAUCGACACUGUUGGCUCUCUCUCGAGAAAGAUUUCAUCUGGAGUUUCUUCGCUCCCGUCUGCAUAGUCAUCAUCCUCAAUUGCUUUUUCUUUUUCGUAACGGUCUGGAAACUGGCCGAAAAAUUCUCCAGCAUUAACCCAGAUCUCUCCAAUCUCCACAAGAUCAGGAGUUUUACCGUGGCCGCUGUGGCUCAGUUGUGUAUUCUCGGGGGCAUGUGGAUUUUUGGCUGUUUCCUCUUCCAGGAGAAGGGAACUAUGGUUCUGUUGUAUCUCUUCACCAUCCUCAACAGCCUCCAGGGGGCGCUCAUCUUCUUCAUGCACUGCCUUCUGUCUAAAGCGGUAAGAGAGGAAUAUUGCAAGCUGAUUAAUAGGCUCAGGUCACGUAAGGAGAAGAAAUAUUCUGAUUUCACCAGCAACCAGUCAAGUAACAGUCAGCAACCCCUACGGAGUGAUCAGAACACGGACGAGUCCAAGAUAUAAAGCACAUCAACAACGGGCCAUGUCGACCUUAUAUCUUACCAAUGAGAAGAUACGUUAAGGUUGCAAUCUUUUUGUGUCUGUUCUGGAAGUAUGUUUUUGACAUAUGUCUGCUGAUGAUUGGCCAAUUGUGUCUUUCGUCUGUUCUUGGAGGGGCCGAUCGGAGAUCGUCUAAAGAGAACAACUUAAACGUUCCAGGAGAGUUUUGCUGGUAUUGGAGUGCCUUCAGAAGUCAAAAGGUCUUUCAUGCUAAAUGCAACAGGCAGCUUUCGUUUCCCUUAUAUGGGAAAAUGUAUUUUCGCUUACAAUCUACCUUCUUUUUUUAUGAAGACUUGUUGUAUUGUAAGUCACAGACCAAAAAUGAUCAUGUGUUCUGCACCUACAUGCCACUUUAUGUCUUUAAGCUGUUAGGAGAUUCUACCUCUUUAUGUGGAAAACAGAGGUGAGAGGUACUUCAAAUUUCAGAAAUGAUAUCUGAAGAGAGUCAGUUUUUGUGUUUUCUGCACGCAGUGUGUCUGUCAGUGACAAAAAGGGUUAAAACCAUCCAUUCUUCAUGCUAUGAAAAAAAAAAAUUUUAACAGUUUGAAUGUGACUUGGCUAAUAAAUUCUUGUUAUUUUAAUUCUCAUGUGCCAAAAAAAAAAAAAUACGCAAAACAUACAGACGAACUUUAGUGUUUCCACAAAACACGUUUUCGUAUCUAAGAGAUUUUUAUGCUAUUUUUGUACUUGGUUUUUUAUUUGCAUCGUUUUAUCUGUACUAGUGAAAUAUUUCUGCAUUGCUUAAUCAGUUCUGGUUUGAAACACAUACUGACUGAGGAAAGUAUGCGCAAGUGUUAUUUCUUCUGCAUGAACGGUUUUGGAUAUGAUACAGCCAUGUUUGUCAUUAAAGAGUAAUAAACUGCCAAAAAAAGACUAGUUUUUUCCUA